AUGUCUGCAGAUUUCUGGUGUUCUUCCCAGCGCAAUAAAUGGCAACUCAGCCGGCAGUCGCUUCUAGAAGCUCGAAGAAAAGUCCUUCUUCUUGAGAGGAAAAUGAUUCAAAACGGCCUUAUUAAAGACUAUCCCAAUAUCCACUAUGACUUUAACAUGCGGAUCUAUUUGCACAACUUGUUGAUCAAGCUUGGCCGCCGAUUAAACAUACGACAAGUGGCUCUAGCCACUGCCGAAAUUUAUCUCAAUCGGUUUCUCACUCGUGUUCUGUUGAAGGAGAUCAAUGUGUAUCUCUUGGUUACUACCUGUUUGUAUGUAGCCUGCAAGAUAGAAGAGUGCCCUCAGCAUAUACGAUUGAUCAUUUCGGAAGCCCGUAACUUGUGGCCCGAAUACAUACCGCACGAUGUUACCAAACUCGCUGAAUUCGAGUUCUACUUGAUAGAAGAAAUGGACCUGUAUCUUUUCCUUCAUCAUCCGUACAAGUCUUUAAUUCAAAUCAGAGACUUUUUGAACGAGAACAGCGCUGUCUUUGGCUUUACAUUAACAGACGAUGAGCUUCAGAACGCCUGGUCGCUUGUAAACGACAGCUAUAUCACCGAUUUGCAUUUGCUCUUGCCGCCUCAUAUAAUUGCGGUGGCUCUGAUCUACAUCACUAUAGUGUUGAAGAAGAAUCUAUCCGCAAUUCGUGUGAACAGUAGUGCGGUUAACUCCAAUGGAGGUCCAAAUUCAAUGAUGUUUAACCGAAAUCCGGACCAGAAUUCUAUGCAUAUAGACGACUUGAUGAUUCUAGCCAAUCCUUCAACACCGGGUUCAGACUUGGUUAACAAUCUCGAAAGGACAAACUUUCACGACAUGAAAUUGGACGAAGAGACUAUCAAGAUCAACAAGUUCAUGAACUUCUUGGACCAUUCGCACAUCAACUUGGACGAGGUGGUGGAGGCCAUGCAAGACAUGAUCAACAUCUACGUUCAAUGGAAUCGGUACAACGAGCAGGGUGUGAAGAAGGCAUUGCAGGUGAUGCUUCUCAAUAGACAGUUAUAA